AUGGCUCUUCUCAUUUCUUGUGGGGAAGUUUCGUCUUCUCAAAUCACUGUGCUUCGCUUACUCAACCAGAGCCUUGAUUUUGUUAGCGAAAAUGUCUCUAGGAUCUUUGCUCCUAUUUUCACCAACUUAAGGGACUUUGAAAUGCGUCUUUCCUGUGUUGAUCGUCCUCAAUCCUGUCCUCCCAAUCAUUCUCACUUGUGCACCGAGAACUGGUUUUCUGAUAGAAAUGAUUAUGACCAAAAGGGAGGAGACCCGGAAGCAACUUUUACUGUGCUGGAUUCAAUCUUGAAAAGCAGUUUGGAUCGUCUCGCUUCUUUGAGGGAUAGUGUAUGUCGGACGAAGAGCUUCAGAUACGAUGAAUGUAUAGACAUUCACGCCUCUCUGAUGAGAGAUCUUUGUUUACAAGGGAAGUUAGACGCUGCUCUCUGGCUACGGAAGAAACUGAUACAGAGUGGAUUUAUUCCAGGUUUGGUCACACACAAUCAUCUUUUGAAUGGGUUGUGUAAGUUAGGUAGUAUUGAGAAAGCGGAUGGGCUUGUGAGAGAGAUGUGGGAGAUGGGUCCUUCUCCCAACUGCGUCUCUUAUAACACCUUUAUCAAGGGUCUUUGCAGUGUUAACAAUGUAGAUAAAGCUCUGUAUCUCUUCAGCACUAUGAAUAAAUAUGGUAUCAAGCCGAAUAGAGUGACUUGCAACAUAAUCGUGCAUGCGCUUUGCAAGAAAGGUCUUAUGGGAAACACAAAGCUUCUUGAAGAGAUUUUAGAUAGUAGUAGCCAGGCGAACGCACCUUUGGAUAUAGUCACAUGUACUAUUAUGAUGGAUAGUUGUUUUAGGAAAGGAGAUGUGGUUCAAGCCCUUGGGAUUUGGAAGGAGAUGACACAGAGAAAUGUCCCUGCUGAUUUAGUUGUGUACAAUGUCAUUCUCCGUGGUUUAUGUUCGAGUCGAGAGAUGGUAGCUGCGUAUGGGUUCUUGUGUGACAUGGUGAAGAGAGGAGUGAAUCCUGAUGUUUUCACUUACAACACUCUCAUAAGCGGAUUGUGCAAAGAGGGGAAGUUUGAUGAGGCCUGUGAUAUCCAUGGUUCCAUGCAAAGAGUUGGUGUUGCUCCUGAUCAGAUCUCAUACAAAGUCAUCAUUCAAGGUCUAUGCAUACACGGAGAUGUGGCCAGAGCCAACGAGUUUCUUUUAAGCAUGCUGAAAAGCUCUCUGCUUCCAGAGGUUCUGCUAUGGAAUGUGGUGAUUGAUGGUUAUGGGAGAUAUGGAGAUACAAGCAGCGCUCUAUCUGUUCGAGAUUUAAUGCUUUCCUACGGUGUUAAACCGAAUGUUUACACAAAUAAUGGUUUGAUUCAUGGGUAUGUGAAAGAAGGAAGGCUCUUUGAUGCGUGUCAGUUGAAAGAUCAAAUGUGGUCUAGCAAAAUCUACCCGGAUACUACAACCUAUAAUCUGCUACUUGGUGCUGCUUGUACGUUGGGUCACUUGCGGCUGGCUUUUCAGUUGUAUGAUGAAAUGCUGAAAAAUGGAUGUCGACCUGAUAUGAUUACUUAUACUGAGCUUAUUAGAGGGCUUUGUUGGAAAGGUCGGUUGAAGGAGGCCGAAGAGCUUUUGUUGAGAAUGCAAGCGUCUGGUAUAACAUUGGAUCAUGUUCCAUUUUGGAUACUUGUGCAGAAAUAUACCAGAUUGCGGCGACUAGACGAGGCGUAUAUAGUUUACCAAAAGUGGUUGACGACGAGGAACGGAGGAGUGUCUUCUCCAAGCAGUCCAAGUCACAUGGAUACAGAACAGCAGUAA